CACCCACCAGCUGUAGAGCAUGCAGAGAGACACACACGGUGCAACACCGACACAAAGGGAGAGAGAGGAGACUCAGUGUAGACCCCUGUGUGACAGUAAAACGCCUGGAUCUUACAGACACUGCGAAGCAUCACACACUGUCUGCGCUCUAGCAUGAGUUCAGCAGCAUCUCUGGAUUAAUCGGACCUACAGCCUACUUGCAGAAAGCAAGUUCGCUGGCACUUUGUCGAGGACGAGACGCGCACUGAGAACAACGAUGGAGAGGAGCAUCCCGGGAUGGCGCGUACUGCUGCUCGCCUUCGUCCUGCACGGAACGGGCUGCAUGGCGGCCAAGGAGCUCCAGUGCCAGGAGAUCUCCGUGCCUCUGUGCAAAGGAAUCGGUUACAAUUACACCUACAUGCCCAACCAGUUCAACCACGACACGCAGGACGAAGCCGGCCUGGAGGUGCACCAGUUUUGGCCGCUGGUGGAGAUAAAGUGCUCCCCGGAUUUGCGCUUCUUCCUCUGCAGCAUGUACACGCCGAUCUGCCUGGAGGACUACAAGAAGCCUCUGCCGCCGUGCAGGAGCGUGUGUGAGAGAGCCAAAGCUGGCUGCGCUCCGCUCAUGAGACAGUACGGCUUCCCGUGGCCAGACCGGAUGAGGUGCGACCUGCUGCCCGAGCAAGGCAACCAGGACACGCUGUGCAUGGACUACAACAGGAGCCAGACCACCACUGCUUCUCCCGUGGUGGCCAAGCCGACCAACCGGCCCGUGAAGCCGUACAACCCCAGGAAGAAUCACAGCUACGGUCGGGGCAUACCGGGGAAACCCAAACCGGCAGCGUCCCAGUGUGAGCAGGGAUGCUUCUGCCGCGCGCCCAUGGUGCCAGUGACCAGCGACAGCCACCCGCUGCACAACCGCGUCAAGACGGGACAGAUCAUGAACUGCGCCAUGCCGUGCCACAACCCUUACUUCACCCAGGAAGAGAGGACUUUCACCGCCUUCUGGAUCGGCCUGUGGUCCGUCCUGUGUUUCAUCUCCACUUUCGCAACUGUGGCGACUUUUCUAAUAGACAUGGAGAGGUUUAAGUACCCAGAGCGCCCCAUCAUCUUCCUCUCCGCCUGCUACAUGUUUGUGUCCAUCGGAUACAUCGUCAGACUGAUCGCCGGACACGAGGAAGUGGCCUGCAACAGGGAAAACGGCGCCGAACACAUCCACUACGAGACCACCGGUCCCGCGCUCUGCACCAUCGUUUUCCUGCUCAUCUACUUCUUCGGCAUGGCCAGCUCGAUCUGGUGGGUGAUUCUGUCCCUCACUUGGUUUCUCGCGGCUGGUAUGAAGUGGGGGAACGAGGCCAUCGCCAGUUACGCACAGUAUUUUCAUCUGGCCGCCUGGCUCAUCCCCAGCAUGAAAUCCAUCGCGGUUUUGGCUCUGAGCUCUGUGGACGGAGACUCUGUGGCUGGGAUUUGCUACGUAGGCAACCAGAAUUUGGAUAACCUGCGGGGUUUUGUGUUGGCACCGCUGGUUAUCUACCUGUUCAUCGGCACCAUGUUUCUGCUGGCCGGGUUCGUCUCGCUGUUCAGGAUCAGGAGUGUUAUUAAGCAAGGUGGCACCAAGACUGACAAACUGGAGAGGCUGAUGAUCCGGAUAGGGGUUUUCACAGUUUUAUACACGGUGCCAGCCACUGUCAUAGUGGCGUGUUACUUUUACGAGCAGCACAACAGACAGACGUGGGAAAUUACGCACAAUUGUACGUGCUUGACGGACCCGAACAGGCAGAGACCAGACUAUGCUGUGUUCAUGUUGAAAUACUUUAUGUGCCUCCUGGUGGGAAUCACUUCAGGAGCCUGGAUCUGGUCCGGGAAAACCUUGGACUCCUGGAGGACUUUUUGCACGCGGUGCUGCUGGGGGAGUAAAGCCUCCGCGGGCUCCAUGUACAGUGACGUGAGCACGGGACUGACCUGGAGGUCCGGGACGGCCAGCUCCGUCUCCUGCCCCAAACAGAUGCCACUGUCCCGGGUUUGAAUGAUCCGCUCAGAUGCAUCUUAUGUCAUUUGACACUAAAGACUUUAAAAACCAGCGCAUAUGAGCUCUUGGAAGUGGCGUAAAGACUGAUUAUAAAUGUUUGUUCAUUUGGUUAAUGAUUCAAGGUGAGUCACCAAACUGCCGGCACUCCCCUAAUGUGAACUUUUUUUGAAUUUGUGGUCAUGUCUGCUUCGAAAAGUUUGGACUUAAACUAAAUGGAAAGUGCUCCUUCCUUGCCUUAUCCAGAUGACGUCCACGGGGUUUGAAUAGA